UUGGCUCUUUGCGGCUUUAGCAUUUACUAAAAUUUCGGCAACUUGAUACUAUGUUGCAUAUUUUUGUACGAUAAAAGAUGAUUCUAAGCAGACAAAAAGUUUGAAAGGUUUUUUAUAAUAUAGCAUUUGCAAAUACCGCAGCGGUAUGACAUUUUUCGAAGACUGUAUAAUCGUGUUCGUGUCACAGAUCCUGUUCUUCACUGGAGGCUGGUUGUUUUUUAUGAAACAACUUUUUAAGAACUAUGAGAUCCGACACAUUUCCGUACAACUCAUUUUCUCAGUGUGCUUUGCACUGUCGCUCACCAUGUUUGAGUUGAUAAUAUUUGAGAUUUUGGGCGUUUUAGAAUCUGAAUCGCGUUACUUCCACUGGCGAUUAGGUUUAACACUUUUACUACUUAUGGUUAUAGCUGUCAUACCUCUAUAUAUUUUAUAUUCCGUGAUACAUAGUUUAUCUUUUGUAUCUGAUAAAUGGGUGCGUAUUAUGACAAUAAUUUGUUGGUUCGCAUUUCUCUAUGGUUUGUGGAAAAUUGGCGAUCCUUUCCCACUGUUAAGCGUUUCACAUGGAAUUUUCACCAUAGAACAAGGUGUUUCACGUAUUGGCGUCAUUGGUGUCACUGUUAUGGCCAUACUAUCUGGUUUUGGUGCGGUUAACUGUCCAUAUCAAAGCAUGACAUAUUUUAUAAAACCAGUUUCGCAAAGUGACAUUACGAAUUUGGAACGACGUCUACUGCUCACAGCCGAUAUGAUUGUGGCUAAGAAGAAGCGUAUCGCUUUAGAAGAGCAUAGACGAAAAAAAGAAAAUCACACCAAAAAAGGCUUAUGGAAUAUAUUGAGUUCUGCGGUGAACCGUUUGGAUAACAGCGGCCAAGAUAUUGGUCAGCUGCGUUUAGAGAUAUACGGUUUGGAAGAGCUCAUGCGUCAGCUGUUUUUAGAAAUAAAUUCAAUGAAGAAUAUGCAAGAAAGACAAAGAUGGUCGCAAACACUGCAGGGAAAAUAUUUUAAUGUUUUAGGCCAUUUUUUUAGUGUUUAUUGUUUGUGGAAAAUAUUUAUUUGCACAGUUAAUAUAAUAUUUGAUCGCGUCGGUCGUAAGGAUCCCGUUACGAGGGGUUUAGAGAUUGCCGUCCAUUGGUGUGGCUUUGAUAUAGAUCUUGCCUUUUGGAAUCAGCAUAUAUCGUUUUUACUUGUUGGCUGUAUUGUCGUGACAUCCAUACGCGGUUUGCUGUUAACACUGACGAAGUUCUUCUACAGAAUAUCAUCUAGUAAAUCCUCAAAUAUUAUCGUGCUCAUUAUGGCGCAAAUAAUGGGCAUGUACUUCUGUUCCUCAGUCUUACUGAUGCGUAUGAAUUUACCCGCAGAAUAUCGUGUUAUCAUCACAGAAGUACUUGGUAGCCUGCAUUUUAAUUUCUACCAUCGUUGGUUCGAUGUUAUAUUCCUAGUUAGUGCACUAAGCACUAUAUUAGUUUUAUAUCUUUCACAAAAACCGAAAUAUGAUGCCAGCAUAGAUUAAUGCUGUGAGCUGAGAGGUGAUUAUAGUUGAAAUCUACUAUUUGUAAAACAAUGUUACAAAGAUUAUAAAAGCAAACACAUGUUUAUAUGUACUAUCUGUGUGUUUUCGUACAAGUACAUGUGCUCGUAUUUAGUAAACCAAAAAUAUUUAAUUAAAUAAUUGUAAUAAU